UUACACAGACUGGGUGUGAACUGUGAAGUUGAAGUCACUCUUGCCAGCUCCACGGCCCGGAGGACACAGUCUCCCCGGGAUUUUGGUUUUAUCCAGGUGGGCUCUCAGAUCCUCUGCUAGGAUGUCUCCAUCCACGUCCCCUCGCUUUUUCACAGAGAGGGAGGUGGCCCGCCACUGCACCAAGGACUCCUGCUGGGUACUUUUGGGCACCAGGGUGUACGAUGUGACCAACUUCCUAAGGAUGCACCCGGGCGGCGAGGCGCUCAUACUGCGCCGGUCGGGGAAGGACAUCAGCCGGGAGAUAGAGGGGCCCCCACACCGGCACUCGGAGAACGCCCGGCGCUGGAUGGAGCAGUACUACAUCGGGGAACUGGACAGAGACAGCGGCUCUGAGGAGGCACAGACUUUGAGGGAACGAAGGAACGGCCACAGUCACACAGAGAAAAACUCCAGUCAGAAGCUGAGCAGUGAGGAAGAGGACUCCAUGUACAACCGCUGCAGCCCCGUGGACCCGGACAAGGAUCUGGUUGACUGGAGGAAGCCUUUGGCGUGGCAGGUGGGACAUCUGAGAGAGAAAUAUGAUGCAUGGGUUCAUCAGCCUGUUGACAGACCAAUCAGACUGUUUGGAAACCCCUUUCUGGAAGCUAGCACCAAAACCUCCUGGUACUGGGUUCCCAUUGUGUGGAUGCCUAUUGUUAUUUAUCUAAGUUGGCGUUGCUACACAACGUUAGCAAAAGGCAUGAGCAGGAUAGAAGUGACUUCAGACUUGUCCAUCCCAGUCCAUAAAUCCCUGUUCCCUGCCCUCUUCAUGUUGGGUUGGUUCCUCUGGUCCUUUAUUGAGUACUGCAUCCACCGCUUUGUCUUUCACAUGAAACCCCCAGCCCAUAACUACUACCUCAUCACCAUACAUUUCCUUCUGCAUGGCCAGCACCAUAAGUCUCCCUUCGAUGGCUCCAGGCUGGUCUUUCCCCCAGGACUGGCCUCGUUUGUGGUGGGACUCUUUUACCUGAUGCUGACGAGCGUGCUUCCAGAUAUCAUAGCGAUGUCUGUGUUCGUAGGAGGGCUUUGUGGCUACGUUGUAUAUGAUAUGAUCCACUACUAUCUCCACUAUGGCUCACCAAAGAAAGGCUCAUAUUUAUAUAGCCUCAAGGCUUAUCAUGUCAAACACCAUUUUGAGCAUCAAAGAUCAGGUUUUGGAAUCACCACCACAUUUUGGGACCACCCCUUUAAGACGCUCAUCCCAGAUGAGAAGUUCUAGCCCACAGAAGGCUCCACUGAAGAGCCUUAGGACUUAUCAGACCCCUUUUUAGAAAACAGCCACUCGCUGCACCAUCCUGAGCAUCUCCUUAUUUGCAGCAACAGCCUCAGAAACAACCGACAGGGAGACCCCCAGACCUCUGUAACUGCUCAUCUGUACAUAAUGCCUUCAAUCCAGCCAACAAGUUCUUGUGCUCUGUCAUGUGCUGUGUCAACUAAUCAAGUUACUUCCUGAUCCUGCAGCCAACUAGAUGUUCAUAAUUGGGAAAGUGUCAAAGAAAGAAACCAUAAUAAUAAUAA